AUGGAGGCCGCAUCAGCCAGAGCUGCGGCCCGAGAUCGCUGGGGCGAGAUGGGCUCGCCCACGCCAUCGCAGCUGCAGCGCUUCAUCCAAGCUGCCUGCAGUCCCGAGAAUUACGAGCCGAACCUCGCUCUGAACCUUGAGAUCUCCGACCUGAUCAAUUCCAAGAAGGGCUCCGCCCCGCGCGAGGCCGCUGUCGCCAUCGUCAGCUAUAUCAACCACCGCAACCCCAACGUGGCCCUCUUGGCACUCAACCUGCUCGACAUCUGCGUUAAGAACUGCGGCUAUCCGUUUCAUCUGCAGAUCAGCACGAAGGAGUUUCUCAAUGAGCUCGUCAGGAGGUUCCCCGAACGACCCCCGAUACGGGCGACGCGGGUACAGAUGAAGAUCCUCGAGGCGAUUGAGGAGUGGAGGAGUACGAUAUGCGAAACAAGCAGAUACAAGGAGGAUCUGGGCUUCAUUCGGGACAUGCAUCGUCUUCUGAGCUACAAGGGGUAUACGUUCCCUGAGGUUAGGCGUGAUGACGCCGCGGUGCUCAACCCCAGUGAUAAUCUGAAAUCUGCCGAGGAGAUGGAGGAGGAGGAGCGUGAGGCGCAAUCAGCCAAGCUUCAGGAGCUCAUUCGCCGAGGCACGCCCGAGGACCUGCAAGAGGCGAACCGUUUGAUGAAGAUCAUGGCCGGUUACGAUACACGAUCCAAGACGGACUAUCGCGCAAAGGCUGCUCAAGAAGUUGCAAAGAUCCAAGCAAAGGCGCGGUUGCUGGAGGAGAGACUCGAGGCGUUCCAGCAGGGCGAUACGAUGAAGGAUGGAGAUGUCUUCUCCGAGCUCGCUGCUGCCUUACAGAGUGCGCAGCCCAAGAUCCAGAAAAUGUGUGAGGAGGAAUCCGAUGAUCAUGAGGCUGUUGCAAAGCUGCUUGAGAUCAACGACAGCAUACACCGGACGGUGGAGCGGUACAAACUCAUGAAGAAGGGCGAUCUGGAGGCCGCGCAGAAGGUGGCCAGCGGGGCGCCGCUACCGUCGACCUCUGGCUCUUCCAAGAGCGCGGCACAAGAGCUGUCUCUGAUCGAUUUUGAUGGGGAGCCGGACACGGCGAACGGCUCGUCUUCGGGACAACCGGGUUCACAGUCGGCCGGCAUCGAGAACGACCUUCUCGGUCUUUCUAUUGGCGGCGAUUCUACAAGCUACGGUCAAGGAGGUGCUCUGACGUUAGGCUUUGGAGCGAAUCAGAGGCCCGCACUGCUAUCUUCCGUGACGGAGAACAACAGCGCAAAGGGUACUAUGAGCAACACAGCGACACCCCAAGCGCCGUCCUUCUCCCAGUUCGCGUCCUUCACAUCCCCUUCAGUGUCCCAAUCUGGCACUCCUCAGCCUUCUGGAAUGUCUGCAUUUAAGCCUCCUCAGCAGCAGGCUCCAGCCUCAAACGACCCCUUUGCCGCCCUUGCCUCGCCCGUCUUUCCCUCUAAGCCUGCCACUCCUGCUCCUCCACCUGCGGCGACCGCGCCACCCGCAGCAGCUGCGAACGAUGAUGACGAAUGGUCCUUCUCGUCAGCUCUGCCACCCGAAGCGCCUAGCCAACCCAAGGAACACAAGGCAACUGUUAGCGACUCUAUUGUCAAGAUCGAGAUGAUUGCCGGGAGGACUGGAACUGGCAAUGCUAUGAACCUGAGCUUUGCUUUCUCGAACAAUUCUGCGCAACCCAUUACAGAGCUUCAUUACCAGCUCGCCGCAACAAGGGGUUACGAACUUGGUCUCAGACCCCAGACAGGGCGCUCAUUGGCCCCCAACCAGAGUCGAGGUGUAACGCAGUUCGUAGAAGUAUGGCAUACUGGAGACAAGAACCGCAAAGUUCAGUCUCUCAAACUGCGGUGGAGGAUCUCUUACAAGGUGGGAGCGGAGGCGAAGAACGAGAUGGGUGAGAUUCCUGAGUUCAGCAUCGCAUAA